CAACACUACAAAUCUAUUACAUUUAUUGAGCUAGCUUACAUAAAGACAGGGUAACAAAGAGAUAACUUUCAAUGGAAGUUCAAAUUUCUAGGACCCUCAAUAAAGGAGUACUCACAAGAAUGGCCACGGAAGAGGAUCAUAUCGCUGAAAAGAAAUUCUACAGCCCUUCAUUAUCAACACCCAUAGUAUCACAAGACUUGUUCUCUUCUUGUGUUCCAUACAAGUCUCCAGAUAACAUUGUUAAUAACUUGGAGGAGGAGGAAGAAGAGGAGGAGGGGGAUUGUGUAAAGGACCAGGAGUCGCAUUCCUCAGUUCCUACUCUUGAAGCAGAUGAAGAUGAGAUGGAGAUUACUGAUCUGGAAACAUCAGUACUAAAAUCUCCAGAAACCCCAGAACCCAACAUGUUUGUUAAUGAGGAUAGUAUGGGGUUUGAUAACCUUAAUGCGCUGAACAUAGUCACUCCAUCUGUGGACUCUACUCAGUCCUUCAUGAGUCUACUGAAGAAGAACCUUUCUCCUAUCAAGAGGAAGUGUUUAAGAGUUGAACUAGAACCUGAACCUCUUAACAGUACUCAGACUUACUUCAACCUGACUAAACAUUACAAACUACUCUCAGAGGAGCGUAAGAAAGUUUUGUAUGGUAAGACUUGUGAUAAGAGUAAUUCUACUACUGUGAGACCACUAAGAAGGAAACUAUUUAACGAGAAGGAGGGAGAGAAAGAGGAGGUAUUGGAGAGAAGGGAAGAGAAAGAGGAGGAGGUAGUGGAGGCUACUGAACUGGGAGAUUAUGAUUACAAAUUGGAGUCGUUUGAAGAAGAGUGGGCUAAAGUCUCUGUUCUGAAACCAAACUCUGCAGUACGAGUUAAGAGCACCGCAAAAACAGAUGGAGUAUCUGCUACUAACAGAGAAAGUGGAGACAAGUCAAAUGGUCCCUUUAAUGUGGCUAAUUCUCUCAAAACUCCGAAUAAACAGAUUGUUAAGUUGCAGGGGGAGACCCCACUUGACAUCUGUGAUAUUGAUGUUCCUUCAAUGGUUGUAGAAGAGACUGUGUGCACUGUAGAAGAUACUGUGUAUUUGGUAGAAGAGCGUGAAGGAGGAACAGUAUCUAGUGUUUCUACGGACUGUAAACCAGCCGAAACAGUUGACUUUACUAGUUUUCAAGAGAUUGUCAGCGAUGAAAAGUUGGAACCAGUUUCUUGUGCCUUGCAGUCAGUUGAUAACGUUAUUGUAACUGAUUUAACCUCUAACGCAACCACUAUCAAGAGUGUGCAGACAAAUGAGGCUAUUGUUUCUUCUCCUGCUAAAGAGAAUGUCGCCACAGAUGAACACAGUCACUCUGAUAACGUAGUGACAAUGUUACCUGAGUGUUUAGAGGUGGAGAAAGUUUCGGACUACUUUUAUCAAGACAAGAAGAUGAAAAGUGAAGAUUGUCCGGAGAAGAAGUUAUCGGCUGUCGCUGGUUUAAACAAUCAGUUGAGCUGUAAACGACCUCUAGUCCACAAACAAACAUUUGAUCCAGAGAACAGAAUCUACAAGAGAGCAAGAGCAGAAUCAGGAGCUGAUAGAGGAGAUGAAGGAAUUCCAAUAAACUCCCCGGAGCUAGUUCAGAAGAUGUUCAGGGAGACAGGACUCUUAGCUUCUGGGUUUCCAUCUUACCCUCCCCCUAUCUCUAAAAUUGUUCCCAUCCCAAUACCAGACGCACCAGUCACAAAGAGAAGAGGUUUAACACGCAGAUCCACACGGUUAUCUUUACAUCCCUAUAUAAUCAGGAACAUUCACGUCAACGAGGAAUAAUUAGUUAGAUAAUAAGCUAUUAAUUGGUCAGAUGAUUAUUGGGAUUAUUUAUCAUUAUAUUUUGUGGAUUCUGCUUUUGGAAUUGAGAUGGUGACUCUGAGUUAAGUUGCAGUUUUCUUGAGAACUUUAUUUGAAAGUGUUGAGGUUUCUGGGGGGUAACCAGUUUCAUUGGACCACAAAGACGACAAUAAUGCUAAACAAUGCUAAAGAUUUCCA